UUGUUUCUUCUCCAGGUCCCGGCAAUCACCCCUUACUGCAAGCAAAAUCUGCCCGUGGUGUUUGUCAGGUGAUGUGUUUCCACCCCUGGUCAGACAUGACUCUCCCUCUAAUGACCACCGAGGAAGUCCGAGCUGUGAUCGACAAGUGGGCGGAGAUAAACAGCGACCUGGGGGCCACUUACCCCUGGGUUCAGAUCUUCGAAAACAAAGGGGAAAUGAUGGGAUGCUCCAACCCCCAUCCGCACUGCCAGAUCUGGGCAAGUAAUUUCCUUCCAAACGAGGCUCAGACAGAGGAGCGGACACAGAGGGAAUACCUCCGGACACACGGCACCCCCAUGUUAUUGGAGUACGGGAGACUGGAGGAGCAGAGCAAGGAGCGUCUAGUUCUGAGUAAUGACGACUGGCUGGUACUUGUCCCAUACUGGGCAGUUUGGCCGUUUCAGACCCUUUUGCUGCCUCGCCGUCAUGUGACCCGCUUGCAGGACCUGAACAGCACGGAGAGAGACAGUCUGGCCUCCAUCAUGAAGCGUCUGCUCUGCAAGUACGACAACUUGUUUGAGGUCUCCUUCCCGUACUCCAUGGGCUGGCACGGUGCUCCGACCGGCCGUCACCUUACCGAGGACUGCAGCCACUGGCAGCUCCACGCUCACUACUACCCGCCGCUUCUGCGCUCCGCCUCUGUGCGCAAAUUCAUGGUGGGGUAUGAGAUGCUGGCUCAAGCUCAGAGGGACCUGACAGCAGAGCAGGCGGCUGAACGUCUCCGGAAUUUGCCGGAAGAGCAUUACAAGCUGAGACGGACGGGGGACAAUACAGAGUAA